GAAACAAAGCCAACAUGGAGUGAACUGGCGCUCGCUGAAGCUGGAAAAAAAUCUCACUGAAGGUACAUCUAGAGGCUCCCGCGGUCCCCUACCCCCAAGGCCUGGGCCACAUCAGUAUUCCCCUACCCAGUAUUGGUCACAAUAGCAACAUGGACGAAAGCGUGCCCAUUUUCACGCCUGCUCAGUUCCAACUCCCUGCGGGGUUCCAGCAGCUCCCAGACUCCAUGCCCAUCAAACAGGAGCCUCAGGAGCCUCAACCUGUCAUUGACCUUCAACCUCCUGCCAAGGCCAAGGCCAAGAAGAAGAAGAUUAAGAAGGAACCCCAAGACAAGACACAGGUUGUGGAAGGAGAAGAUGGGAAAGCCCCCAAGAAGAAGUUAAAACAAGAGAAGAUUACAGAGCAUCUGACAGUGAAGAAGAAACGUGACCGCUUUAACGGCAUGCCUGAGGAAGAGGUGGUUCUGAGGCUGUUGCCAGAUCACUUGAUGGAGAAUCUGGACAUUGUCAUUGUGGGAAUCAACCCAGGACUGUUUGCUGCCUACGUCGGACAUCACUAUGCUGGGCCAGGAAACCACUUCUGGAAAUGCCUGUUCCUGUCAGGUCUCAUCCCGGAACCCAUGAAUGCCUACCAGGAUCAUGAACUUCAAAAUUUCGGCAUUGGCUUCACAAAUAUUUGUGCUAGGACCACAAGAGGAAGUGCAGAUCUGAAGAGGACUGAAAUCAAGGAGGGAGCCACUAUACUGAGGGAGAAACUACAGAAAUACAAACCGAAGAUUGCAGCAUUUAAUGGAAAAGGUAUUUAUGAGGUGUACUGUGGCCACAAGAACUUCAUUCUGGGAAAACAACCCGAGCCGGUAGAAGGAACAAAUACAAUGGUAUAUGUAAUGCCUUCGUCUAGUGCUCGGUGUGCUCAGCUGCCAAGAGCUGUUGACAAAGUCCCAUUCUACCUGGCCUUGAAGAAGUUGAGGGACCACUGUCGAGGAGACCAACCGAUCCUCGACGAAUCUGAAGUCUGUUUCCCUAACCUGGAACUCAAGAUCAAAACUGAGCCCAAAGUCGAACUUGAUGCCGAUGGCAAUCCUAUCAAAACUGAGCCAAAACCAAAAGCUGAACCAAAAUCCAAAUCCAAGAGCAAGAAAAGUAAAGCCCAAAGUCAAUCCCAAACUAGUCAGUCCCAGAACAUUCCAGUUCCAACUAGUCAUGGCCAGAUGGCUAAUGGGAUGUGGUCUGCCGUGAAGCAAGAAAAGCCAUAUGAUCCGAGUGAGUAUGGCGGACAGCCGUACGGCACUCCGAUAUCUGCUGCUUGUGCGGUUCCCAUGUCCAAUCAAAUGAUGCCAGUGUAUCAGAAUGCCCACAUAUACUCCCAGCCAAAUGGGCAGAGUAGCGCACAGGGUCAAGUAACCAUCCACAACGGCACAAAAUCCACAAGUCAAGAUGAUAUGGGAAGGACUUUGCCAAGCACAACAGCAGUUUUUUACCCAGCGUCAGCGCAGCCGAUGUACCAAGGGCAGAUGUACUCCCAGGGAUCUUUCUUACAGCAGUUGCAGGAGCCCAACCUGACCAAUGACAGGAACUCACAGACCUGGCAGUAUCCCUCCUUCUCAGCCAAUGAAAUGCUGGAUAACAGCUCAGCCAAUAAGACGACAGAAGACAAUGCUUCAUCUCAGGUUGUCCACAUCAAGACAGAACCUGAGGAUUACGGCUACACUGAGAUUCCUUUCAAUAGCAUGUAGCAGUUCAUGUGACUCAGAUAUUGUCAUCCUGUCAUUGUGUACACUGAUCGUACGAAUAUGUCUGUCAGUUCACGAGAUGGCGUACAGCUCAGGGUGUGUUUCGCAAAAACCAUCAUCGUGCUACGACUGGCGUAACUAAAACUUUAAGGUGUAAUGUCAGAUUUCAAAGCCUGUUUUGUCAUACCCCAACAUCACUGGUGAUUCAUUGGAAUUGAUUUCUUUCCAUACAAUCAUGGUGACUAUGUAAAAUACCUAGUAAAAUAUAUACUAGCAUGACAGCAAGGAUUUAUCUUGACCUGCCUAUUUCAGUUUGCAGCGAAUGUCAUUAAAAAAUUCCCAAAUCGGAAUUUAUUUUGUGAUAUUGCAUUGAAUACUCUCUCAAAUUUCAAAACACCUCUGAAUUUAAGAAAUUAAGGACUUUAAAGAAAAUCCCAAUUCUGAACAAAAUAACAGUAUUCCCCCGGGGCAAUUUGACUGCCAGUUUAGAAUUCUGGAUUCCUGUUGAGAGUUUGUUUGAAAGUCCCGACACUGCCAUAGGUGGCAAGUGUCCUUGAAUGAAAGUUUGUAAACAGGAAACAAUUGUGCUUAUUUCUCAACUGGUUAAUAAAAUAUGCAAAAUAUUAAUAAACUAUAGACAUAGAAAUCUGACGUUGCACCAUUAAGCAUAGAUUUAUGACAGAUUGCUGAGGAAAGGGCCUUGAUGUAUUUACAUAGAUCUGUGACAGAUUAGUUUUUACGUAUAUGCUCCUGUUAAUAAUCAUGUUCCAUGUCGUAAUUGAUCUCAUCUGGUGGCAUCACUGUCAAAAACGGUCAGUAGGGUACAACAGAGCAAACGAUUAUGACUGUAGCGUAUGCAUACUUUAUGCCGAGGUAAGUCAAGGAAAUAUCAAGCAGUAAUAUUCAUAUAUGAUCGUCUGACUUGGUGUAUUCAACUGAACCACCUGCAAGAUGCCCCAAACAUGUGUUUGAAAUGUGUUGAAAGGACUGUAGGCUUUUCCCAAGUCAAUGCCAAUUGGAGGAUUUGAUCUGCGAUUUGUACCAGUGCUGAACUGACCUCGUGGUAUUUGUAUUUUUUUCGACAGCGGUUUUGUAGUUACUGUGGUUACUGGGGUACGGAAAGAGCUAGAUAAUUUAGUUAGAUUUGUUUGUGGACUCUUUAAGAACUCAAAUGAAAUUUGCAUGAAUGGAUGGGGCUGACAGGUAUAUAGAUUACAAUGAUUUGUUCUCAAUACAAUAUAUAUAGAUAUAUCAUGUCACUACUUUGGAUAAAGAAUGUGUGAAUGUCUUACAUGCAUGUUAUUUUUAACAAACCAGUGUACAAUUAUAUAGAUGAUCAAACCAUAUGAUGUGGACUACAAUAGUACAUGAAAAAGACACAAUGUCCGAGUAUUUAAAUGAUUUGUUAUGUGUCAAUACAGAAUGAAGUAUAGUGAAACCUCAUUAAUCCAGACCCUGUUAAACUGGAAACCCUUCCCACUGGACGAUUAAUUUGGGAACACUACCACAAGUGAACAGUGAUUAAAAAUGGUAUCCAUGGUUGGUUAAUAUGAAAGCCGGAUGGUUUCACUGGGAAAGCUGGUGUCUGGAUUAACAGGGUGUCUCCGUAUUUUGAGGAUAUGUUAUACUUGCUGGAAAAAAACUGAGUAUUCUUUUCACUUUCCCUACCCCUUAUACAUGUUCUAUAAAACCGCUUUCUUCCAAUGUGGGAGUUCACUGUCAGGGUAACAGGAAUGCUUCUGUACAUAACAUCAAUUUGAAGUCAGCAGUGUUAUACUCAGAAGUUGACAUGCUUUAUGUGUGGAAUUAGCAGUUCAAGGUCAACAAAUUGAAGAACUGGCGGACAUAGUUGUAACCAUGAAUACCAUUUUUCAUAUCAUGAUUUGUGAAUAUGAAUUGUUACUGACUGUGUGUUAAUGGAUGAUAUUCUCAAAGUUGUUUACUCUUUACCGGACACUGUAUUAAUGUUUGGUGAAAGCCAGCAAUAUGAUCAAACCACUAUGCCACAACAAAUAUCAUCUCAGUGUCUUUUGAAAAGGAUUUUGAAAUUUUUUAGUCUUCACUUAGAACCAAUCAUUUUACCCUAAACCUGGUUUGACAAUAAUCGAUAAGACAAGCCUUAAGUUUCGUUUGGUUCUAUCCACUUUGAUAAUAUCGUUUAUUAAUGACCUUGGAGAUUGUGCUUACUUCUCUUGUAAUGGCAAUAUGUUGAAAACCAUUUAUAUUGGUCCAUAUUUCAUACUCAUGGUUCAUUGCUUGAAUAUUUAUAAACCAUUGCAUUUAUAUUUGCUCACACUGUUUCCAUGGUCACCAGGGCCCGGUACAUGAUUUUAGUUCCAGGAAUUUACUAAUACAAACAAAUAUGAUGAAAUACUUAUAAUUUCUCAUGAUCUAAAGACAGGGAAAGGCAAAUGGGCCCAGCGGUUUAAGGCACAACAAUGUGCUGUGCAGAGUUGUGUCCCUUAGCAGUUACUGAAUCCAUUGGUUGUAGGUUCAGAUACCAUAUAUGUUUCAUGAUCUUUCAGAGCCAUACUUCAUUGAUUAAACAAAAAUGGUAAACGUCUAGGACCUGCCUCAUUUUUGUUUCACCGUGUUUAUCUCCACAUUGAUUUAACACACAAUGACCUAUUUGUACUACCAUUCAAAGCACUGUUAGACCCUUCACUCACUCACUGUUGAAAGACGUUAUUCCUUUGAAAGUUUCCUACUACAUGUGUACCCUGGUAACCAUGGUUCCAGAGAUAAAGAGAGUGGACCGUAUGCCAUGUUUAAACCAUGUAAACAUUUCUUCAUGUUUCUGUCUAUAUGGAUGCUGUACAUACAUCACUAAAUGAAUUGUUCGGACACUGUUGUAACUUGAUUGAUAUUGUAUCAAUUUUUUAGAGUGUAAAGUUCACUAUGUCAGUUGAUUUAUUUUGAUAUGUGUUUUUGUUGUCUGAUUUUAUGAUUUUGUUGACUUUUAGACUGAACUGUCUUUUUGAAGAAAUGUUAGCAAUCUUUAUAUUGGAAUUGUACAACUGAGCUACAAUUGUGUUUUAAUCUUGGUGAUUGAUAUCUGUUUGGUUAAGAAAUGAACUGUAAAAUAUUUUACAGCAUAAUGAGCUAUUUUAUUGUUUUCGUAUAUUUAAGAUCAGUUUACUGACUUAAUCAAAAUUAGAGUAUGUUUUAUAGAAAAAAAUCAAGUUCAAUGUUUAGCUACUAGUUGUUUUGUGAAGUAAAAUACAUAUUUUUAUUGAAGCAUUUCACCUAUUUUAAGUCCCAUGGCAUUAUUAUUUGAUGUAAAUUGUAGUUCAAGUCAAGAUAGUAGUCACAUGUAUUAGAGUCACCAGAGUAAUGUAGUAGAUACAGCCUAUUCCCUUCCUAAUGACAAAAUUAAAAAGAAGCAACUGAAUUUUACUAUUAGAUUAAAUGAUGCUAAGGCACUGUGAAGUUUACUUAAAAAUUCAUUGGAUGUGAUUUUGAUGCAAGUACAACUGGUGUUCAGUAUGGACCAUGUAAGAAGAGCACUUCAAGUUCCAUUGUGGUGACCCAUGCCCAGGUUUCUAAAAUGUCCAAGUUUGUAACUUGUGGUUGUGAAGGGUGUGUGUAAUGAAGGUUGGUGAAGUGAAACCUGAGAGCAAAUCUAAGCCUAUUAAUGAUGACCGGGUCAGUGUUUGGGAUAUCAUUACUAGUUUACGACAAACAUGAUCUGUUGAGACAUAGUUUCACGCCUUGCCCAAUUCUCACAUGUUCAAGUACUUAUACAUUGGUGCAAAUUGUGAGUGAUAUCGGAUAUAUUAAUUUUGGGUUUGGUCCUUGAAUGACUUGGUGCUGCAAUUAAUAUUCCCAAUAAAUUAAUUCAAAUCCAAGCACACCAUAGCAAGUAGUUGCCUUUAAACAAUAUUCCAAUCCUAAGAAAAGCUAACCAUAUUUGGAAAACUUCCUUGAGAGGAAAUAGGGAUACAAUUGUCUUAAUCAAGCACUGUUACCAAGUAUUGUUUAUAUGAUAAUUCCAAAUGAAAACCUAUUAUUAUUCAUACUGUGAUUUGAGCUGUGAACUUGAUAGUGUAUAUAGUGCCUUCUUUGCCCCAUAGAACUGAACAAGUGCGCUUGCUUAUGUUUUGAUGCAAUCUCAAGACCUGCAAGUAGUCUCUCAUUAAGCAUUGACUCUUAUGUUAUAAUGUUAGGCAUGAAAAGAAUCCCCCCCUCUAUUUUUUCAGAAUUAAAAAGAAACAAUUAGAUUUCAUGAAAUGAAUCUUUAAAAAUUCUUUUGAGGUCAAGAUCUUGUUUCAGAAAUAUAGCUCUGUUUGAUUCAUUUUUGUUUUUUUGCCAAUGUGUUUAGUCUUCCAAAGUUUUUGUGUCUUGCCAAAAUUUUGGGUGACUGAUUUUGUUAAGAAUCAACCAUGGCCAGUUCUAAUCCUUAAAGAUGAAAUUUGUUGUACGUUUCAAGCAUGUAUAAGAUCUGCACUCUGCUGUUUGAGUUGCAUUUCGAUCUGUCAAGGCUAUAGUGAUACCAUGAUAAUGUGUUUCCAGUUCCUCUAAUGAAAUCAUGUUGUGUAUGACAUUUCAUACUUUUAUACUGCAAAUUGAAACAAGUGCAAUACUUUUGAAAUGCAACCAACUCAUAAUUUAUCUGAUGAUAGUGGCACGCUUGGUUAGGAAAACUGCCAUUAUUAUCAAGUUUGACAUGUUUCAAAUAGGGCUCAUUCUGCAGAGGGGUUUUAGUGCUACAACAUUGUAAGUCUAUUUUAGAACAUGGGAGACAUGACAGUCGUAAGGAUAAGAUAGCUUUGUGGAACAGGGCCCCGUUCCUCAAAGCGAUCUUAGCGCUAAGGUGAUCGUAAGUCCCAUACUUUAACUUAGGGUUACGAUCAUCGUAGCUCUAAGAUCGCUUUGAGGAACGGGGCCCAAUUCCAUAAGAUGAUCAUGGCUAUGAGCUUUCUAAGUCCACCUUCUACAGCAGUGGUCACAAUUAAGGGGGACCUGGGGUCCUUGAGAUUUCCUCCUGUAUUAUUUGAAUCUGGGGACCCCCUUUGCCCUUUACCAUUAGGGCAAUGGCAAGGACACCAUGACUUUGGAAUUUGGAACACUGUACAGUGUAGAUCCACAAACAGCCGUGGCACACUAAUCACUUUGUGGAAUGGCCCAGAUCUGUAACGGCCACCAUGUCAUGCAAGAGUUGUUUUUUUAUGUAUUUCACUGACAGUUUUAAAUAUGUAUAAUGUCUCAUUGCCACUUUAAGCAGGUAUGAAUUGUAGGUCAAUUUGGCUGUUCAUGAGAUUGUGUUACGCAUUGAAGUAUAAAAAGACAUUUCUCAUACAUUCAUAUACAGUGGGACCUCUAGUAGCUCACAGUAUCAACCAACAGUUUUUCUGGUCAAGUUACGAUCACUUCAGGUCAAGGAUUGAUAAUUUCUGUUCCAGGAUUGAUAACUUCAGGUCAAGGAUUGACAACUUCAGGUCAAAGGCGACUACGCUUGUCAUAAGAGGCGAUAAAAGGGAUCGGUUGGUCAGUCUUGCUGACUUGGUUGAUGCAUGUCAUCGUAUCUCAGUUGCGUAGAUCAAUACUCAUGUCAAUUAAUGGAUUGUCUGGUCCAUACUUGAAUAUUUACAGACUGCCAUCAUAUAGCUGGAAUAUUGCUGAGUGCAGUGUUAUACAUGAAUCAAAAAAACAAACGAUAAGCAUUAAACUAUUGUCAUUUUCAACAAAAUUAAUUAAUUGACUAGAAAAUGGUUUAUCAUAUUUUUUGAAAAACGCUAUUGAACUGCUUGAUGAAGAGGUUCCACUAUAAACAUGAAUCAGUUGACUCCUAAGUUUCAUCAUAUCAGUUCUGUCUUCAUCUUGAAGAUGAAGAUAACACACCAUAUGUUGCUUUGUACAAUAUGCAGUAAUUUAUUACAUGACGUCAUUGUUUCAUGGUGCACCCUGAACAAGUCCUGAACAAACAGAUUAUUUGUGUGGCAGUUUAGCUGAUGCUCUCUGCAUAGCCCUCUAACAUUAUAGACAUAUAGGUUAGUGUUUUGCUGAAUUUAUGGUAGAUGUCCUGUUUAUGUUAUUUGAAGAUUUGAAUGUGAAUGUAGAUUGAUUGAUAUAAUUACCGAGAGUCGGCCUGUGUUUCCUUAUACUGACAGUUUAAAGUGUUUGUUGAUAUACAAUGUUUAGCUUUACAUAUUAAUGUGAACUAAAUUAUGUGAAUCAGAUAUUGUACUGUACAUGUAUCACCCUUUUUAUGGUGAACAAAAUGAAAUAUAGUUUCAUAGCAUUUUA